UCGUCUCCCAGAAACCGCAGCCCCCUUUUGCAGGGUGACCCCAGAAGAAAUGUUCAGUCUUUUGAAGAUAUGGUUCUUAUUGAUAUUAAUGAAUCAUGCUGAGAUUACACACAGUCAGAACCCUGAAGGUUUGCCUCCAUUAUUACAGAAAGCUGUGGAAGAAGUAAUAACUGGAAAAUAUCUGAAUGCUCUCCUUGAUAUACUUCAUUUUCAGAGUUCUAAUGUCUGGACAGCAGAUAUGCUUGCAAAAGUCAUGGCAUAUUUUCAUGCCCAAGAAGUUAUGCUUAGUCUUAGCAGCUUACAGAUGUCCAUAAGUAGUUACCUGAAGUCCCUUUUAUACCAGCCUAGGCAACUGCUAUCUGAAUUUCAACAGCUUGACCAGCAGCAGUUUCAGACUGCAAUGAAAUAUCUCUUCAACAGCAGGAAGGACCGCCUGGAAUUGGGAAGUAUUAUUCUUGAUUUGGAUAAGAUUAGAGAGAAUGUUUUUCAAAGCCCAGGAGUAAACAGGACCUUGUUCCUUAUAACAUUGGAAAAAUGUUUCCUGGCUUUGAGUGCUAUGGAGUGUGUGGAUAUCCUGAGCCAGGUGCUGCGUGUGUCAGCAGUGCACUAUCUCCAACCCGCUGUCGUUGGGAGCCUCCCAAAAGACCUGCAGGAGGAUGCUUUCAGAAACUUAUCAGCAAUAUUCAAGGACCUGUAUGACAAAACUUCAGCAAAUACACAGAAAGCUUUGUAUGGCUGGAUGAAGCAGAUUCUACAAAAAUCCUAUAACACCAGUGAAUUCAAUGAGUCAACUUCUUGGGUCAGUGCAGAAAAUUUAUGGAUUUUGGGAAGAUACAUGGUCCAUCUCCCUUUAGAAGAAAUUCUGAAAAUUAGUCUCAGUGAAAUAAGACUGUUCAUUAGCUAUGACAACGCAACGAAGCAGUUGGAUGCAGUAUAUGAUAUCACACCAGACCUAGCGCGAGCUUUCCUAGAAAUAAUAAACUCAUCAGGAUUUGAUAUAAGAAACACUUCAACGAUCUACAGGCUGGGUUUAUUGGUUUGCUUUUAUGAUGACAUGGAACAGAUGGAUGCUGCUGUGGCCCGGGCUUUACUUCAUCAAAUGAUUAAAUGCAACCAGUUGAGAGGUUUCCAGGCCGAAGUUCAGAAGCUCAAGGCUCAACUCCUGAAUAUUGCCACGCAAAACCAGACAUUGAAUGAUACACUUGGAUCUCUGUCAGAUGCUGUGGUUGGACUGACUUCAAGUCAGUUGGAAUCACUGUCACCUGAAGCAGUGCAUAAUGCUAUUUCAACAUUAAACCAAGUCUCUGGAUGGGCAAAAAGCCAAGUUAUGAUUUUAGCUAGUAAAUAUCUCUCUUAUGAAAAGGUUUUAUCAUUUUAUAAUAUUAGUCAAAUGGGUGCAUUGGUAACUGGAAUUAGCACCCAGUCAUUAUACAACAUGAACCCAAAGGAGCUUUUGCAAGUUAUUCGAGGCACAACAUCCCAGUACUCGUCUGACUUAUCACCUGCACAACAUCAAGGGAUCCUCAGGAAGAUAGCUGCAUCUAGAGAUUUUUCUUCAUCAGUCACAGAUAUACAAGGGGCUUUCUUUAAAGAAAUAUCUCUUUCUGAUUUAUGGAAGGAUGCUGGAUAUAACUCUUCAAUGAUGAAAGAAAAAGAACUAAGAAGAAGCCAGGCUUUGUAUCUGUACAAAUUAUUGUCAAAGAAUAACUCUCCUGAUGAGCUCUUAAGCACAGGACAGCUCGUAAAAGGAGUAACUUGUCAGCUCAUUGAAAGUAUGGGAGCAGACUUUUUCUUAAACAAUUUUAAAUUCUUCGAAAAGAAUCUUCAUCUGCUUUCUCCAUAUCAGGUUAAUUGUUUGGCUUGGAAAUUUUGGAAGGUCUCCAAUGCAUCUAUGCCUCCCUUAUUCUUAAUAGUUCUUCCGGUUGAGUAUCUGGAAUAUGUUUCAGGCUCUUCGUGUGUCCCUUUCAUUGCACGUCUGGGAAAGACUGAGAUGGAUCUUGUGAAUCCAGGUCUUCACAAACAGAGCGCUGUCCUGCAGAAAGUUCUGGAGUGCCUGAAUGGAUCCAUUGCUGAUGAAUAUGAUGUUGACCUACUUGGAAAUCUAAUCUGCCACUUACCUCCGGCCUCUAUACAUGGCAGAAUGUCCCUGAAGGCAAUGGCAGUAGCCCUGCAUCAAUUCAAACUCUGCCGACAGCUCAGCCAUGAGCAGAAGAUUGAAAUUAAAUACAAACUCCUCGAGUUAUAUGGCUCCCCAAAGACCUGGACAGCUGAAACAACGUUAGACGUUGGGCCAUUCAUAGCUCUGUUGCCAAAAGGAGAAUUAAAUGUCCUUGCCCUAAAGUUCCCAGAUAUCAUUUUUCUCCUUGAAGAAAACUUGCUCUUUGACUUUUUUCUUCCAGAUUGCCUAGGAAUCAGAUCCCCUUCUUUGGAUGAAAUUAUUAAACUAGCAGAAGCAAAUGCCUUUUGGUCAGUUCAGGAACUGAAAUGCAUGGAUGCAGAAACAUUUGACAAAGAAGUGGAGCUUCUUGGGACGGUGUCAGGUUUUAACAGCUCCCAGCUUACUGUCUUGAAGGAAAAAGCCAAGGAGGCCUGGGGAUCACUGCCAGCCUGGAAGAGUCAUCAUAUUGUUUCUCUGGGGCGCAUUGCUCUGGCCCUCACUGAAAAUGAAAUAGAAGAGCUGGAUUUGUAUUCUCUUGACACCAUUUCUGUGCUUAGCCAACAAACCGAGUGGACUCUUACCCAGGCAAGAUCUAUAUUACAAGGUUUUCUAGAAGACUCUGGCCAUACGAUCAGUACACUCAAAAGCUUUGAUUUAGUUGGAUUAGGAGCCAUUCUCUGUGCUCUGAAUUCCACAGAAAUCAUGUCCAUAAGGAGUACUGAAUUCAGUGCUGCUGUUGCACGAAUUGGCUUGCUGUUCUGCAGCACUCCUCUCCUAAAGCAGUUUAAGAAGAUGGCAGAAUCGGUGUUUGGAACUGCUGCCAGCUGGAACAGCUCCGUCCUACAGGAGAUUGGUACCAUAGCAGGUGGAUUGAAUGAGGAUGAAUUAAAAGCUUUUGAUAAAAACUUGAUGCCAUAUUUCCAGCCAAUAGCAAUAAGACAUAUACCUGCUGAAGUUUUCCAAGCGCUGUCCCCAGCACAGAUAGCAAACCUGGGCCCAGCAAAUGCCGCCAUGGUCACCGCGUCGCAGCGCGAGCGGCUGAGCGUGUCGCAGCUCCAGAGCCUUCAGCUGGCGCUGGACGGGGCCCGGACGAGCACCCAGGAGACGCAGGGCGGCGUGGGCAGCACCCAGGUGGCACAAACCCCUGCUCCAAGCGCUUCCGCAUCUGGUUGUGUGCUGUGCUUAUGCUUCCCCUGCCCUUCUGAACCCAUAAUUAAGCUGAUGGUUAAGCUGAUGCAUCCUGGAGCUCACAAAGAUGAUAGCAGAACCAAAGAGCUGCAGCUCAGCACGAGCGGUAGAAUCAAGAGGCUCCGAGUUGCCUGA